AAUGAGUUAUCUCCGAUGUUCACACGCAUUCACGUGAGUGGAAGCAUUGAUGUAUGUAUGUCUUCAUGGCCUAAAAACACCGAUUGGGUGCAUAGCUAGCUAGCUGGGUGGAUAUGUGGAAAAAACUGAGUAAGUCAAAGCCGGCCCUCGAGCAGAUUGCCCGACGAGCCAAACAACAUGCACAUUCAUGCAGUCAGGCAGUCAGGCAGCUAGUGGUCUCUUCUUGCCUAACCUCCUCCGCUGAGUGCAUUCGCAGCUAGAGGGAGGGAGGGAGGCACAUCGAGGGGCAGAGGUGUGGUCUGUCUAUGGGUAUCCGAACAGCAGUGCCCCAUCGACCGGUAUGACGUGCCCGUUGAUGUAUCCUGCAUUCUCAGAACUCAGAAAGGCCACCAAAUCAGCCACCUGACAAAGAAACAAAUAUUCACCACAGGUGAACCGAAUCCCCCAGCACACAAGCAUCCCUCCCUCUGCUGCCGACUGACUGACUGACCUCUGUAGGUGUGCCCAUGCGGCCAGCAGGCACCUGCGCCGUCACCUUCUCCUAAUGCAUUCAUCAACGACACACAUCCAGGAUAAACGAAGACCAUGGAUACGAUACUUGAUGCGUCCCUCAUUGAUGAGUGGCUCACUCACCUUGACAUCAUCACUGAGGGCAUCGGUCAUGUCAGUUGCGAUGUAUCCGGGCGCCACGGCAUUGACAGUCACCCCCCUGCCAGCCAUCUCCUUUGCCAGCGCCUUGGAGAAGCCGAUAACCCCCGCCUUGGCGGCGGCGUAGUUGGCCUGCCCGGGGUUGCCGCCCACACCCACCACAGACGACAUGUUGAUGAUCCUGCCGAACCGCUGCUUGGCCAUCGCGCGGAUGACGGGCUUGGUGAAGUAAAACACGGAAUUGAGGUUCGUAUUGAUGACGUCCAGCCAGUCGUCUGCACGCACACACGUCGAGUCGACAACAAAGAGAGAGAUUGACAGCAUCUCCUUUCGCCGUCCUAUGCACUGACUGACCAUCAGACAUGCGCAUGAAGAGGCCGUCCUUGGUGAUGCCGGCGUUGUUGACGAGUAUGUCGACUCGGCCCUGCUCCUUCAGCACCUUCUCACACAGAUCCUUGACAGCAGCGACGUCCGCCACAUCGCAUCCCUCGGCCGACGCGCUGCCGCCCUUGGCAGUGAUCGCGUCCACCACGUCCUUGCAGCCCUCAGCCGUCCUCGCCACACACACCACGUGUGCCACACCAGUCCCCCCAAGACGCUCGGCAACGGCACGGCCCAGCCCUCGUGAUGCGCCCGUCACGAUGGCCACGCGGCCCUCCCCAUACUCGAGGAAAUUCAUGCUGGCGGUCGCUCUGACGCGGUGGACCUGCACAACACACACUCGCAGCAAUGAACAGAUGCAAGGCUCCAAUCUGUGCAGAUCUUGCAUAUCUCCUUUCGCUCACAUCUGACGCUGCUCGUGCCCUCAGGCUCCGCAGUGGCAUCGGUGCUGCAGUAAAGGCGUUGACCGCAGGGGCUGCUGCCAUGAGAAACACCAGCAAG